AGAAAAUCAAGAAAAUUUACAAGUACAUACUUAUAUUUAGUCAUAUAUAUCGCAGCAGCCACGAACGCUAUCAAAUUUUAGCCAACUGGUUGGUAGAUUUCUUCUCGUCAACAGAGAAAAAAAAGGGUUGAUCAAUGGCCGACUUGGAGAUUAAUCUGAUGCUGAGAAUUUUCGCAGCCACGACCAUAGUCUUUGGGAUUUCAACUGGCAUCCCAAAUAUCAAUAUCUCACCCAGAAAAAGAAGGAAAAUUUUCUUCUGGGUCUGGCUAUUUCCGCGAAUUGAUAAGAAAAAACAAGAAAAGAUUCAAAAACUCAUGCCAGCUAAUCUCCCACGGCAUCAUCAAACAUCAUCAAAAGCUCGAGAUUUUUGGGGAAAGCAAGGCUCUUGCUGGUUCCAGGUACCGGUAACAUGUAAUGCGAAUCUGGUUCUUCUUCAAUCUGAAGAAACAAGAUGUCUAGGGGCGAAGUCAAUAAUACACUGACAUCAGUGUUGACUAACUGGGCGGAAAAUUAUUGUAUAACAUAUGACAGAGGCAUUUACAGAUCAAAUGGAAUCUUUUAUGGAGAUGACCCUUUUCGUCAUCUUCUUCCUGUUUUCAUGGCUCAAAUCAUCAUGGCAUUCAUCGUCUCUCGAACUCUCCACUUAAUCCUCAGGCCAUUGAAUCAGCCGAGAUUCGUGAGCGAUGUGUUGGGUGGCAUUGUCUUAGGACCUUCUGUUUUUGGGCAGAACCAGGUUUACAUGAGCAAAAUGUUUCCACCAGAAGAAUUGGGUUUGUUCAAUACGAUGUCCGUGGUGGGUAUGGUGUACUUCAUUUUUAUCACUACCUUGAAAAUGGAUACAACCAUUUUGCUAAAGAAAGCAAAGAAUUGUUGGAUUAUCAGUUUAUCAUGCCUUGCUAUUCCUUACACGUUAAUUGCUGUUCUCACUUCCAAGCUACAUAGUGAGCUUGGAUUUAUUGGACCGCCCUUCAAUUUCUUUUUAGCUGCUGGUUUAACAAUGCCUCAUCCUUCUUCUGUUGUUUAUUCCAUGGAAGAACUUAACUUGUCAACCUCUGAGUUGGGACAAACUGCUCUGGCUUGUGCAGUGCUUUGCCAGUUAUUUGGAUUUCUUUUUUUAGUUUUCUCGCUUAUUAUAGAGCAAAAAUCAUCCAAGAACUCGUAUAAGACUGCACUUUCGUUGGUUGGAUUCAUACUUUUCACGCGCUAUAUUGUAAGGCCAGCAGUUGAAUGGAUCAUAAGAGUAACACCAGAAGGGAAACCAGUGAAGAGAGUCUAUGUUGUAGCGGUUUUGUUAGGAACCUUAGUUAUGUCACUUAUUAGUGACCUCAUAGGUGUUUCAUACAUCACGGGUGCAUUUCUUUUGGGACUAGUUGUACCAAAUGGACCACCUCUCGGCACUACAGUAAUAGAGAAAUCUGAGCUCAUGAUCAUGGAAUUUUUUCAGCCUCUCUUAUUUGUUCGCAUGGGUUAUCUUAUGGAUUUUACUACAAUAAAGGACUGGAGGACUUUUACCACAUUGCAGUUCAUUGUUUUGAUUGGCUAUGCAGGGAAGAUCUUCGGUAUUUGUAUGUAUUCAUAUUUGUCAAGUAGUUGUAACCUUAGAAGUGCCUUCUUGCUUGGUUUGGUUUUGAACAUAAGAGGUUCAAUUGACCUUAUCUUUUUUAUCAGAUGGCAGAUCCGUAAGUUUAUAGAUGAGCCAUCGUAUUCUUCUUUUGUGCUGUCUGCUCUGGCCGUGAAUGGAAUUGUAACACCUUUGAUAAAAAUGCUGUACAACCCCAGCUUGAGACUCUACUCAUCUGCUUCACUUAGACAAGCCACUCGAUCACUCCAGACAACUCGAAGCACUGGCGAAUUGCGAAUUCUCGCAUGUGUUCACAGCGAAGAUGAUGUCCAUGGCAUCAUUUCUCUCCUUGAAGCGUCCAAUCCUUCCGGCAUUAGUCCGAUAUGCGUGUAUGUCAUCCACAUGAUUGAGCUCCUUCGUGGUGCAACACCAGUUUUUGCGCCUUACAAGAAUCGAAAUCAGGAGAAGAGGAUUAGGUUGAGCUCCACUGAUCACAUCAUGCGUGCCUUUUCAAAUUACUCAGGGAACACUAAUGGGCAUGUCAUGAUGAGUCCCUUCAGGUUGGUUGCUUCAUAUAAGGGUAUGCAUGAGAAUAUUUGCAGAUUAGUUGAAGAUCAAGUGAUUCCUUUGAUUAUAGUCCCUUUCCAUAGAAGACAAAGGCGAUUGUGCCACAUCAACCUGCAAGAACACGGACCAUGUACAAUUGGGAUUCUGGUAGACAAGGGCUUGUACCAGAGUGCAAGCCUAAGACGCCACUCUUUUAGGGUUGCAGUGCUGUUUCUUGGGGGAGCAGAUGACCGUGAGGCAUUAGCACUUGCUGCUCGCAUGUUAGGCAACCCUAACCUGAGCAUCACUUUAAUUAAGAUCAACUUGAAAGGGAGAGAGAAAGAGCAAAAUGAUUAUGAGAGGUUGCUUGAUCACAUGUUGCUUAGAGAAUUCAAGUCAAAGGGCCAACAAAGAAUUGGCUUCAGGUAUCAAAAGGAGGCAGUAGAGGACACUAGGCAAGUGUUUGAUGCAAUUCGUUCACUUCAGAACAACUAUGACCUCUUUAUUGUCGGUAAACACCAUGCAGCCAGAUGGCAGCUGGGUGAAGAAAUUCUGCCAUGGAUCGAGUAUCCAGAGCUUGGUGUUAUCGGUGAUAUGAUUACUUCACCAGAUUUUCUUGGAGGUGAGAUUUCUGUGCUGGUGAUUCAACAUUGUAAGGAUUCUUCUGUAGAUGUUGAAAACAUGAGAAUUCUAGAACAUAACAAAAAUCUAGCCUGUGUUCUCAAUCUCUAGCUCAUUAGAAAUCCUAUCCUAAACACUGUGUAUAAUAAUAAUUAUAAGCGGAAGGAUUCCAAUUCUUCCAUUUUCAGUGUCUAAAACAUUGGAAUCUUAGAAUUAAGAUACUAAACACGAUUUUCUUCUCUACUUUCUUUCUCACAAGAAAGAUUCUUCUUUCUUUCACACUACUAAACUACAACUUUUUAUAGAAUAAAAUGAUCUGGGUUUGGCUAAAUUUGUUUUGGUGUAUUACUUGAACCUUUUACUUUCCCAUUGUCCAUUGUUGGAAAUCUUUUACUUAGUGAGUGUUGUUGUACC